GCUACGAAGGAACCUUCUUGUAAGUUGCUUGUAAACUGGGCAGCCAAGUCGCCUUUUCAAGUCAAGAGAGACAAAUCCUCCAUUUCUCAAUUCUUAUCCUUCAAAUUCCUUUUCUUCAUAUAAACAAACCAUAACAAUAGUUUCACAGUGAUCUUAUCACUACCCUGAUCAAGGUUUCCUUCAAGUUUUCUCAAUACCCAAACAGAAAAACAUGGAUCAAAACAGUUCCAGGGUUGUUGCAGGCGAGUCCAAUACUGGCAGAAAUGGUCUUGUUUGUCAAUACCAGUUUGAAGAUGGAUCAUCCCAGUUUAUUUUUCUGCAGGUUGGUGAUAAAAAUGGAGCUGUCGACAUCGAUCGUUCCCUCAGUUUCUGCACUGAAAAUUAUGUGCAAGCUAUUUCUUCAUGCAAGGGUUUGCUUCUGUUGUCUAGUAUUGGAGAUCUUGGGCUGAAAUAUCAUGUGCUUGAUUCAAUGUCUAGGGGGGUUUCUACUUUGCCUCAACCUGCCAUUACCAGGCGCAUUAUCAGGUCUGGCUUGGCCUUUGAUGGGCUUCACUAUCAAGUUGUCCUUGUACAUGUUGCUGAUGCAGAAGAGACUCCUGAUGGUCUUGAAAUGGAGAUUUACUCUUCUGAAACUGGAAUAUGGACAAAAUUCCAUCCCAAUGGUCUGUUCUCGCCUGUCCCUGUACCGGAUUUCGAGUUUUCGGAACUCAAGACACCUCCUCUGUUCUCUAAUGGAGCUAUUCACUGGGAAAUUAAUGGACACUUGCUGGUGUAUCAGGUUGAAGUUGGUUAUUGUGAACUAAUUGAACUGCCAAAUUCCUUGGAGGACUGGUGCUGGCAAUCAACCAUGACUUAUAAGCGAUGCUUAUCAGAAUCUCAAGGACGAAUUCACUAUACUUACACUGAUUUGGAAGGAAUUCACUCCUGGAUUCUUCUCAAUGAAGAAGAUCAUGACUGUUACUCAUUCAACUAUCCCUAUGAUCGCAGAACAUUCAGGUGGGCACUUGCUCACAGUGUCAGUCAUCAAGACCUGAAUUUGAAGCAUGAAGAAAUCUACCCACAUAUUGGCCAGGGGAACAGGGAGCCCUACGAUGCAUCUCCUUUGUCUCUCAGUGAAGAUUCUGAGACAUUGUAUUUGCAGCUUCCAGGAUUUUUGGUUUCUUACAACACAACGACAAAGGUUAUUGAAGAAGUCUGCACUUACAUAUUUCCAGGUAUAAAUUUCAAUUGCUGCUUGUUCUUUCCCUUUAUGUAUGGCAAGCAAAUUCAGGCAGAGACUGCUGGCAAAUCCUUGGAAGUUGGAGUGGUUGAGUUGCCAAUUAAAGAGAAGCUAGACAAGUUGGCAUUCUAAGUGAAAUUUCUUUACUAGAUUGUUAAUCAAAUAUCGGCAUUCCCAUGUAUAUGGAGCUCCACCUAUGGUUUUGAAAAGUGCGAGUAGGACUUUCAGUACACUUUGCUCAUGAGACUGAAAGAUCAAAUUUGUCACUGGAUUUAUAAUCAAUGGUAUAGAACAGAAUAUUAAUA